CAAAGUGAUAAGUUGACAUAGGCAUAUGUAGUAUCCUUGUCUACACUUGCGGGUCUGAACAAACAAGGAAGAUAAAGUAUCUAUUGAAUAAAAUUAAUAAAAACAUUUGAACCUGUACACGACUACCAUGAGUUCCAUAGAGGAAAAAUCUUUUGGAGAUGCAGAUAUUGAGCUGUUUAAUUCAAACGUGUUGGAACGACUGUCUUUGUCACACGUCGAAGGUUGUAUAAUUAGAUCUUUAAGAUCUGGUGAUUAUGAUAGAGGUUUUCUUCAACUGUUAGCUCAAUUGACUGAAGUUGGAAAUAUUAGUAAAGAACAAUUUUUAAACCGUUUUCACCUGAUGAAAAAUGCUGGUAGCUAUCAUAUCAUUGUAAUAGAAGAUACAAGCAGUGGAAAGAUUAUAGCAACUGCAACAUUAGUUGUAGAGCAAAAAUUCAUUCAUAACUGUGCAUUGAGAGGGCGUUUAGAAGACGUAGUAGUAAACAAUAAAUAUAGAGGUAAGCAUUUGGGAAAACUAGUAAUUAAUGUCAUAUUACAGUUAGCACUUUAUUUACGGUGUUAUAAAUUGUCAUUGGACUGUAAAGACAAUCUUAUACCUUUCUAUGAAAGUUUAGGUUUUAAAAGAGAACCUAAUAAUGCUAACUACCUCAACAUGAGAUUCCAUACUGGGAAUGCUACAGAGCAAUCUCAUUUAUGACAAUAAAAAGAGAAUAUUUCA